GUGGCCCAUGGAACAAGAAUUUUAUAGAAUAUCUGAAAGUAAUACCUCUAAAUGCCUAUUUUGGUUGGUUUGGUCACCAAGUUGGGGAUUGGAUAGUGGCUGUAAACAUUGAUUUAAUGGAAUUGUUAGAUCCUAAAAUAUGCCCUAGGGGGGAAUUAUUAAUCGUCAAGGGAAUGUAGGCUUUUUGCCACUGGCGGGAAUUGUGAAUAAUCCGGCCAAGCGCCAUAAAUAAGAGUGCUAGGCCUUGGAGAGAUGGCCAUUAACUCACCUCCUUUUGAUUGAAUUCAAUUCAAUUGAAUACAAUUCAGUCUCUUUGUCUCUCUUUGUCUCUUUCUGUGAUUGAGAAAUGGUGAAGUUUUCCAAGCAGUUCGAGGCACAGUUGGUGCCAGAAUGGAAAGAGGCUUUUGUUAAUUAUUGGCAGUUGAAGAAGGAGGUGAAGAAAAUUCAGAAGAAUUUGAUGAAGCAGAGGGCCAUGGAUGCCGAUCAUCCAGCCAGCCCCCAUGACACACGACUUGCAUUCUUUUCCCACUUCACAACUCUAGUUAAGAGAAAAACCCGCCAAUGUUUGCGUGGAGACUCUGAACCAGGCAUCAUUCGGGUGAGCUAUAAAACGUCUGGAUCUGCAAGAGAAGAUGUAUACGAGACAGAGGUGCUCAACGUUGGGCAGGGCCCCUCUGAGGAGACCGAUGCUGCUGCGCAGGCCUUCUUUAACACCCUUGAUGCCCAGUUGAACAAAGUUAAUCAGUUCUAUAAAUCCAAGGAAAAAGACUUUCUUGAAAGAGGAGAGUCAUUGAAGCAACAGAUGAUAUAUUUGACGGAACUGAAAGCUGCCCUCAGGCAGAGGGCCAAGAAUGGUGAUGUUGAAGGCGGGAGUAAUUCCAGGCAUUCUAAUAAUUCCGUGGACUCUAAUGAUAGCGUUCAUGAGUGUGAAGAAGAUGGGCAGGUUGAUGAGGAAGAAGAGGCGGCGGGUGAUCAAGAGUUACAGGUGGUUGCAGCUUUUGAGAAGAACGGCGUGACAUUUGUGGAAUCGCCACAGCGAAGAUCAACAAAAGCUGAAAAAAGCAAGGAGAAGCUGAAAAAACUGAAGUCCAACAAGUAUGGAAAAUCGAGGAGUUUUAAUCUGCAGGGGCGCAACAUGAGAAUGGAGAUUCCAGCCACUACGCCAUCAAGGACCAUUUCUGCCCUAAAUCACCUCAUUUGGGAGGAUCUUCUCAGCCAACCCAAGAAAUCAGGUGCUCCUUCUACUGCAAUAGAAGCAUCAGCAGAGGAAAAUAACACCGUGAGCAAGAAGAACAUCCACCAUGCAGAAAAAAUGAUCCGUAAAGCUUUCGUAGAGCUAUAUCGUGGGCUAGGUUUCCUCAAGACUUACAGAUCGUUAAACAUGCUUGCCUUCGUCAAGAUCUUGAAGAAAUUUGAUAAGGUGACAGGCCAACAAGUUUUGCCUAUAUACUUGAAUGUGGUUGAGAGGUCCUACUUCAACAGCUCUGACAAGGUUAUUAAACUUUCGGAUGAGAUUGAAGAACUAUUUGUUCAACAAUUUGCAGAUGACAACCGGAGAAAGGCUAUGAAAUAUCUCAGACCAAAGCAACCUAAAGAAUCUCACACAGUCACAUUUUUGAUAGGGCUUUUCACAGGAUGCUUCUUAGCUUUGUUUGUGGGAUACAUUAUCAUGGCUCACAUAGCUGGCACCUACACAGACAGGACUGACCCAACAUACAUGGAAAUAGUUUACCCUGUUUUUAGCUUGUUGACUUUAUUAAACUUGCAUAUAUUCCUGUACGGUUGCAAUAUCUUCAUGUGGAGACGCCAUCGAAUAAACCAUGUAUUCAUCUUUGAAUUUAAGCGUAAUAGAGAGCUCAAGUAUCAAGAUGUAUUCUUGUUCUGCACCACUUUUAUGACCAUUGUGGUGGGCACAAUGGUUGCCCAUCUGGCAUUGAGAGCCAAAGGGUUCUCACCAGUUGAUGUAGAUACAAUCCCUGGCUUCCUCCUCCUAGCCUCCAUUGCAGUCUUAGUAUGCCCACUUAAUAUGAUUUAUAGGCCAACAAGAUAUGCCUUUCUUCGUGCCAUGAGAAAUAUUAUUUUGUCACCAUUAUACAAGGUGGUGAUGGUGGACUUUUUCAUGGCUGAUCAACUAACCAGCCAGGUGCCACUAUUAAGGCAAUUGGAAUAUGUAAUAUGCUAUUAUGGAACUGGAAGUUUCAGGAGUGAGAACUAUAGUACUUGCACUAACAAUAAACAUUACAGAGACCUAGUGUAUGUUGUAUCCUUUCUUCCAUACUAUUGGAGAGCCAUGCAGUGUGCAAGGAGAUGGUUUGACGAAGGAGAUUUGAAUCACAUCGCCAAUUUGGGAAAGUAUGUAUCUGCUAUGGUAGCUGCCGGGGCAAGGUUGACAUAUGAAAAACAACAAAACAUGUGGUGGCUUUCACUGGUUGUCAUCACAUCAACAAUUGCAACUGUCUAUCAACUAUAUUGGGACUUUGUUAAGGACUGGGGACUUCUUUCCCCUCGUUCAAAAAAUCCCUGGCUCAGAGAUGAACUUAUCCUAAAGCAUAAGUUCAUUUACUUCAUAUCUAUGGUUUUGAACUUACUACUGAGACUGGCAUGGUUACAAACAAUAAUGCACUCUAGCUUUGAGAGUGUUGAUUACAGGGUGACAGGUUUCUUUUUGGCGUCUCUUGAAGUCAUUCGAAGGGGACACUGGAAUUUUUAUAGGUUGGAGAAUGAACAUUUAACCAAUGUGGGCAAGUUCAGAGCUACAAAAAUCGUGCCACUGCCUUUUCAUGAGGUGGACGAGGAUUGAUUAUUUAAUGCACUACCUUCAUUCGCCAUCUCUGGAAUAGGUGGAACCAGCAACCUGUUCUUUUUGGCCACCCCAUUGACAUCAAUAACUUGCCUUUUUUCUUGUUUUACUCAUCAUCAUGGUGGCCCUCCACCAUUUCUCCAUCAUUCAAAAUUGAAAUGUUCUUGUAUAGACGGGGACGUCAAUUUAUGAAAUUUGAUUGGGUGUACAAGAAUUUCAUGUGGAAUGCUUGAAAUGACGUUAAAGUGUUUUUAUCUUCAAAGUGCCUGGUUAUGGGUGACAAAAUAAUCAUUUAGUUCAGAAUUUAGGAUGCCUACAAAAUCACCAUUCAAUAAUUUUACAUGGCUUGUACGCUGCCAAGUUUUGUUGGUUGGCCACAAACAUUGGGCCAAAUUUCUCCACAAAAAGGUCUUGUUCUUUGUUAGUCUAUGGGGAAUUAUAUUAAUUUUGAAAG